ACAAAAUCUUGGAAAAUGUCGUCUUCUGCGUGCAGUUCGGACUGACAACUGUUUUAUUUUGAAGAAUAUUUUUUAAUGCUGAUAAUUUAAAUUUAUUGUGGUAGUUUCACACGAUAUUCUUUCCGUUAAUUUGUUGUUAGCAUUACAUUUGAGUUUACAAUUUCUUGGCGUAUAUUGCUUAGUGUAAGAACGGAUGGACGCUUGUGACACGCAUAUUUUGCUCUCGCUCGAUCUCGCACUUGUGGGGAAUACCAAGUGAUAGUGAUCGAUGGCCGGUUGAGGCUUUCCUUGAUAUAAUUAUCCUGCGUAAGUCCGCGCUUUCUACUGACUCAUAGUUUGGUUACCAUGGACACCGAUGAUGGGGAAUCGUCCAGCAGUGGACCUAUGUCCAGUCUGAACAGCUUGUUUUCAUUUACAAGUCCUGCUGUGAAGAAAUUGCUCGGUUGGAAACAGGGCGAUGAAGAAGAAAAAUGGGCGGAGAAAGCUGUGGACAGUCUUGUGAAGAAGCUUAAGAAGAGAAAAGGCGCCAUUGAGGAGUUGGAACGGGCUUUAUCAUGCCCCGGCACGCCGUCCAAAUGUGUCACCAUACCCCGCUCUUUGGAUGGGAGAUUGCAGGUAUCACACCGCAAGGGUCUCCCGCACGUCAUCUACUGCCGCGUGUGGCGCUGGCCCGACCUCCAGAGCCACCACGAGCUCAAACCCCUCGAGAUCUGCCAGUACCCAUUCAGCGCCAAGCAGAAAGAAGUCUGCAUUAACCCCUACCACUACAAGAGAGUGGAGAGCCCGAUCCUACCACCAGUCUUGGUACCGAGGCAUUCAGAGUUCGCCCCUGGACAUUCCAUGCUGCCGUUCCAAAGAACAGCAGAGCCGGCUAUGCCCCACAACGUCUCUUACUCCGGCUCUGGGUUCCCACCUUCAGCUAGCUCGGAACUACCAGACACACCUCCCCCAGCGUAUUCUCCACCGUCAGACGACUCUGAACCACCUGGGGAAGUCGCCCCGGUCUCGUACCAAGAACCUUUGUAUUGGGCUUCUGUUGCAUACUACGAAUUGAACUGUCGAGUCGGUGAGAUAUUCCACUGUAACUCUCAUUCCGUUGUCGUCGACGGCUUCACAGAUCCAUCGAAUAAUAGCGACAGAUUUUGUCUCGGACAGCUGAGUAACGUGAACAGAAAUUCUACGAUAGAGAACACGAGGCGCCACAUAGGGAAAGGGGUGCAUCUGUAUUAUGUCGGAGGUGAAGUUUACGCCGAGUGUUUGUCGGACGCUGCGAUAUUUGUCCAAAGCCGCAACUGCAACCACCACCACGGAUUCCAUCCGUCGACGGUAUGUAAGAUACCUCCAGGUUGUUCGCUAAAGAUCUUUAAUAACAGGGAGUUCGCUCAACUUCUGUCGCAGAGCGUGAACCAUGGGUUUGAAGCUGUUUACGAGUUGACCAAGAUGUGUACUAUACGAAUGUCUUUCGUCAAAGGCUGGGGCGCGGAGUAUCACCGCCAAGAUGUGACUUCCACUCCUUGUUGGAUCGAGAUACACCUUCAUGGGCCUCUGCAGUGGCUUGAUAAGGUGCUCACACAGAUGGGCUCCCCUCACAAUGCCAUUUCCUCAGUAUCUUAGCUGCUUACACUAAAUCACCCACCGUGUUCUGUAAUUCAGAAAUCUGGUAUUAAUCAAUCUCAGUUUUUUUUGCAUUUGUCCUUAGAUUCUGUAAGUUUUAAUCAGAAUUAAACUAUUUUUUGCUACGAGAUACAUUUGCUCCGGUGUCAAUAAAAAAAUGACCAUAUGACUUAACAUAACUAAAGUUGCUUCUUUUAUAGUUCCAGUGCCUGACGAGAACAUUGUCUUCAUUAGUCUAUUGCCUAAAAAAGAUCCAAAGAUUAUUACUAAGCCAUGCUCUAUGCCCAGCAAAGACUAUCACUAUCAGAACAAUGGCACGCUAUCGCUAACUAUAAUUAACUAUCCUUUUUUAAUAGCUGAUCCUUGUUUAAUAGGACAUUAAGUUGGAUUUAUUUAAGAGCCAUUUCACAUUUUUCAACGGCGCAGUGUUGCCCUCAUUUGAAACAAGCCAAUAAGUCGUUCGUUAUACUAUGUAGUAAUUUAAUUUUGAACAUUUAUGAUUUUCGUGUUUAUUUUUUGGAUAAAAUUUAUUUAAAAUAAGGGGAGCACUGUGCAGUGAAAAAUGUAAAAUGGCUCUUAAAAAAAAUCUAAAAAAACAGGUCUUUAUCAAAAAUAGGAAUACACAAAUCUACCUAUUUGUUUCUUUAAGGAUAUAGAAUUUAAAAAAAAAAUACAAUUGACCACGUAACGUACCAAAUAACCGCUACAUAGCUUAAUUCUGAUUAUACAGCCAACGACAGACUAACGAGCUGGUAGGCGCUAUUGAAACUAAUUACAUUAUAGUUCUAAACGCAUUGAGCGACCAGACGGGAACAUUCUGUGAUUCUGUCUGUAUGAGAGAAAGUUUUUUAUUAACAAAAUUUUUUGCUUGUCAUUUUUUUUGCACCCACGCGUACUGCAAUUGGCAUUUUAAAUUUACAAUAAUUUGUCACGAUAAUAGAAUAAUUUUUCGCUCAAUGCGUUUUUAUAAAAAUAAUGCCCAAUGUUUUAGUUUCAAUACAUUUUUUGGGUGUCAUUAUGGUAAGUCACAUUUAAUUAUGAUAGUUAUUCACAUUUGACUGCGACUAAAUUAAUAAAACCUUACAAUAAUAUUGUUCUUUUCAAAUCAGGGUAGACAGAAUCUUAAUUUCGCGAAGUAUUUUUUUAAUGUCUCAAGUUUUACUUUAGAGAAGAUUUAUCCAAUUAUUUUUUUCGUAAACACAGCAUCAAUUUGGUAUGCAGCUCAAAUUAAGUGUCCAAGUAAAUAGAAAUAAGACGACCUAAGUUUUAUUAUAAAGACAUAAUUAAGUGUUAAUCGUAAUAUUAUCGUGAAUGUGUAUGACAAAUUAAGAUAAUUAAAUACGGUGUAUAUAGUUUGUAUUGUUUAUAAUUUAGUUCGCUGCACAAACGCUUACUUAUGUCUCACGCAAAACGUAUAAAAUUGAGGUUAGGAAAUAAAUAUGCCUGAAUGCUUGAUAUUUUAAAAAGUUACAGACAUUGCGCUUAUUGCUAUGUUAUAGAAACAAUUCAAUUUGAUUGUAUAAACAUUCAAAUUUAUAUAUGUUUAUCACUCCUAUGGUUUUAAUAAACAAUUCAUUAUGCGCAGACAGAUAUUUCAAACAAAUAUUGGAAUUGAUAUUAUAGUGACUUUACACAGAUAAGACUAUCAUGCCUAAAGUAUAUUAGAUGUAUAAUGUUCGUGCUUAGUUGAAAUGCGUACGUACAUACAAUUAAUUUUAAGGAUUUGAUAAAUACAAAAUAAUUGUAACAAAGAUAUUGUCCUUGUUUAUAUUUUUCUUUAUAAAUGCCAUGAUAAAUUUCGUUAACUAUGAUCAUAAGAAAAAUAAAAAUUUACUAUUUGACCACUUCGCAAAAUUACAAAUUAAUUGGAAAUUUGAAUAUUGAGUUAAUUUUGAAAUUGGAACAUUUAAAGAUAUUUUUGGUCUUGGCUAUCGAUCUCGUUUUGGAGUUUGUACAAUAAAAAAGAAUUCAAAUGUAUUUAUCACAGAUACCUACACGCAAAAAUUCCCUGAAUUGUAUUUUUUAUACUUGUAGUUUGCAAACUUGUAAUUUCGCGAAUUCUGCCUAAUUAUGUACGUAGAAAAAAAAAAUUACAAAUGCAAAUUCCCCAGGCAAGAAUAAUUAUGUGUUUUAUUUACUAGAAGUGUUUAAGUGAAUUUAUGCACCAAAUGAUAGUGCUUACGAUUAAGAAUAUAUAUAUUUUUUGUAAAAUUGGACGAUUGUAAUGUUUUCUGUUUAUUAUUAUUUUUUUUACUAAAUAUAUAUUGCACAGCAUCAUUAUUUGGUGCCAGUAACGUUAAAUUUAAAUAAUUGUGCCAUCGUGGAAAUUUAAUUAUUUUCAUGUAAUAAUAACUUUUUAUAUUUGAUAUUUUUUUUGUAGAGAAUUAAAAUAGUUAUUUUAUAUUUCAAUAUAUUGCCAACAUGAUCCAUGAAGGUAGAAAUUGGCCUCUUAAACGAUUGUGUCUUAAAUUGAACCAAAUUGGGACGACGAACGGAACAAAAGAUGAAUUUGAUCUCAAAAUAAUGAUUAAGAAUGAUUUAGUUCCUCGCAUGAGUGACUGUGUCGUGUCCCAUUGCCUUAAAUAGUGCAAUUGAUGUAUAAUUAUAUAUAAAAAUUUCAAUAUACUUAUAAAAUAACACGUCUGUUAACAUUAUUUACAACAGUAAUCUGAAGAUAAUAGUUUGGGAUUUGAGUAACUUCACUGAAGUCAUAAGGGGCGCUCAGGCCUGCCAAAAGAUCUUCUAAAUCUCGUGAAAGAUUUGAAUACGCGUUGCCUCAAACAAGAUAGCGAACGCUAGGAGUGUGACUUACCUCAUCAAUCUAUUGUGUCUCUACUAUAUUUUCCUUUUCAAAUUUUACGAAUAAGGAAUUUUCAGAGAUAGAACUAUUUUCAGAGGCCUCUCAAAGUGCCUGUUAUUGUUGUACCGUCCAGGUGAUUGUAGUUGCGUUGAUAAAAUAAGGUUUUUAGACAAAAGCAUUUUGAGCAAAAUUGUUCAUUAUUUAAUUGUUGAUAACGUUAAUAAGAAAUUGUGCCAGUUUCAUUUGGCAUAAAAUAACACUGGCAUAAUUUUAAAAUAUUUUCAUCCGGCUAUACCUACUAAUG